UCUCUCUCUCCCUCUCUUUUCUUUUUUUUUCGCACACUUUCUCUCCCUUGAUCUUUUUACUUUUCUCUCGCAUUCUCGCAAGUCUGCACCAGGCGUUUCGCUGGGCAUCCGUGCAACCGCUGGGGUUGUGACCUGCUUCCGCUCUAUCCUCGCAGGCGGUCCGACAGGCGGACGAGCACCCGCAGCUGGAUGAGGCUGAUGGAACCGUUGGGUAUCGCCCAGGACAUCGUGGAGCCGACAGUAUUAAAACGAUGGGCUGAUUAUCCCAACCAGCAUCGUUACACGGACUACUCUGAUUCUGUUCGGGAGACAGCGCAUCAUGCCAUAAGUCCCUUUCCUUAUCAACCAUCGCUUAACAACAAGCUCGCGCUAUGGACUGGAGAUAUCUCAAUAUUACAAGUAGAUGCGGUCGUAAAUCCUACGAACGAGACAAUGGAUGAUAAUAGUACUACGUGCCAAAAAAUAUUUAGUCGAGCCGGUUCUGCACUCAAGAUAGAAAUAUUUAAUGAAAUAAAAGAAUGCAGAACUGGUGAAGUAAGAGUUACACAAGGUCACGGAUUACCUGCUCGUUUUAUUAUUCACACUGUUGGACCAGUUUACAACGUAAAAUAUCAAACAGCUGCGCAAAAUACGUUACAUUGUUGCUAUAGGAAUGUUCUACAAAAGGCGAGGGAAAUGGGAUUACGUACUAUUGCUCUACCUGUAAUAAAUUCAAUACGAAGAAAUUAUCCUCCGGAUGCAGGAGCGCAUAUAGCUCUCAGAACUGUACGUAGAUUCUUGGAGCAAUACGAUUCGUUAACAUGUGUUAUAUUUGUAUUAGAGCCGUGCGAUCUUGGAAUAUAUGAAAUUCUUCUGCCACUUUAUUUUCCCCGAAAUUUGGCAGAACAGGACAACGCUUGCUGGCAGUUACCGAAUGAUAUUGGCGGCAUGGAUGGAGAACCUUUACUUCCGGAUAGACAAAUCAGAAUUAUUGACAAUCCUCAGCACGCUUUACACGGCGACGAUACAGUAGAACUUUCAUCACAAUUAGAAACUUCGGUUAAUAUUGGCGAGCAUGCUUUUGCGCAAAUGCAAGGUGAUUUGGAUCGACAGAGACUUUUGGGAGAGAGACCUGCCGAUCCACUAGCGGAUAUUAUGCUCAAGCAAAUGCAACAUAAAGAAAGGUACGAAAGACUUCUUAGGAGGGCAAAGACGGAGGAUCUGACUGAGGUUUCAGGGAUUGGUUGUUUGUAUCAGAGCGGUGUGGACCGACAAGGCCGACCGGUGGUGGUUUUCGUCGGCAAAUGGUUCCCGGCCAGCAAAAUCAAUCUAGAUAAGGCCUUGCUAUACCUGAUACAAUUACUGGAUCCUAUCGUGAAGGGAGACUACGUUAUCGCGUAUUUCCACACCCUUACGGCCAGCAGCAAUUACCCCAGUUUACACUGGCUGCGCGAAGUCUACAAUGUGCUUCCCUACAAAUAUAAGAAGAAUCUAAAACAUUUCUACAUUAUCCAUCCUACCUUCUGGACCAAGAUGAUGACGUGGUGGUUCACUACCUUCAUGGCUCCAGCUAUUAAGCAAAAAGUUCACAAUUUACCCGGAGUAGAAUAUCUUUAUGAAGUUAUGCCGCCUGAUCAACUCGAGAUCCCAGCGUACAUCACGGAAUACGAUAUGACGAUAAAUGGCCUGAGGUAUUAUCAACCAAACCAUCAGGUCUUGUCGUCGCCAUCAACGUCUACGUAAUUCGCAGGUGAAAAUCUAAGCAGCGAAUUAUCAAGAUCGAGGCUAAAUCGAGUGUUCUGUGCAUUCGUGCGGUAGACUAUUCGUAUUUUUGCAGUAACACCCGUAUGCCACUUAAGCGUGAGAACUGGACGCAUUGGAGAUUUGUGACUGCUCACCAGUUUUCGACAAUGAUGAAGUAUGACAUUGACUAGAUACGAUAAUCCGUAUCUUCGAAAAAGUAGCCCGGCUCCGCAAUAAUUCGAAGUCGAUUUGUCCAAGUGCCUCGUGAUGGACCGCUUAGCAGGAAAAAGGACGAAAGGACGAUCGGCCGCGUGAAAUAUUAAUAUGAAUAUUAAUGAAAAAAAAAAAAA